AUGCAUCAUGGCCCGCACCUGCUGAAUAUCAGCCUUUCUGUCUUCUCUGGUAAUCGAGAGGACUGGGAGUCCUUUCAAGAUCUUUACUUUGCUCUCGUACACGACGAUUCGAGUCUUACUGACGUCCAGAAGCUGUAUUACUUAAAAUCGCACAUACAAGGCGAGGCUAAGGCAGUUGUGGACACGCUGCAACUCACCGGCGAUAAUUACUCUAUUGCUUGGGCACUGAUGGGAUCCAGAUUCGAGCACACUCGGCUGUUGGUUCAGGACCAUAUCAUGGCCAUCCAGAACAUCAAGCCACUUCGUGAGGAGUCCGCGGCGAGUGUACAGAAACUUUUGGAUACUCUAGCUAAACACCAAGAUCAACUACGAGCGCUUGAGCAGCGUGUAUACGAAUGGGAUAUAUGGAUGAUUUCAUUCGCUGCCACUGGCAUGGACUCCUUGACCAGAAGAGCCUGGGAGGAUGAACUGGAAAGACUUGAGGCUGGAGGCGCAUCAGAGAGCGAAACUGUAGCCACGUUCGCUACUCUGUCAAGCUUUCUGCAGCGCCGUGAUCGUUCGCUCACCUCCGUAGAAUCCCUCAGCACAGAACGCUUAACAAGCAACCGCCCACCAGCUCCAACAUCAGCGAGUCUCAAUUACGGAUCCCUUGCUACACAAGCCAAUGAUGUCGACACCGAAUGUGCAGCUUGUUAA